GAGAAAAUUAAAGAAGAGCUAAGUAAAUGGAAAGACAUCCAUGCUUGUGAUUAGAAUACUUAAUACUGUUAAGAUGACAAUACUGACCAAUUUGAUUUACAGAUUCAAUAGAAAACUAAUUCUAAAAUUGAUGUGGAGUGCAAAGGACCCAUAAUAGUUAAAAUAUUUUGAAAAAGAACAAAAGUGGAUUAUUCCUCCUUCCUGACUUCAAAACUUAGUAAAAAUCUAUAGUAAUCAAGUCUAUGUGGUACUGGCAUAAGAUUGUACAUACAGUUCAAAGGAACAGAAUUAAGAGUCCAGAAAUAAACCUUUACAUUUAUGGCAAAUUGACUUUCAACUUGUGUGUCAAAUUCACUCAAUGAGGAAAGAAUAGUCUUCAACAAAUUGUGCAGGUACAACUGGACAUCUACAUGCAAAUGAAUGAAGUUGGACUUGUUUCUCACAUUGCACACAAAAUGAACUCAAAAUGGACCAGACUUAAAUGUAAGAGCAAAAACUGUUAAACUCUUAAAAGUAAAUCUAGAAGUAAAUCUUCAUAACCUUGGGUAAGGCAAAGACUUCUUAGACAUGAUACCAGAAGCUCAAGUGACAAAAGAAAAAAUAUAUAAAUUGAACUCCAUCAAAAUUAACAUCUUUUUGUGUUUUUACAGGACACUAUCAAGAAAGAAAAAGCCUACAGAUUUGAAUAAAAUAUUUACAAAUUCUAUAUCUGAUAAAGAACUUGUAUUCAGAAUGUAUAGAAAAAAACUUUUACAACUCAAAAAGACAACCUAAAGGACCUAGACAAAGGAUCUGGAUCGACAUUUAUCCAAAGAAGAGAUACAGGUGGUCAAUAUAUACAUACAAAUCAAUACAUACAUACAAAUAUAUACAUACAAAUCAAUCACUAUCAGGGUAACCACAAUGAGUUGCCAUUACAAACCGUCUAGAAUGGCUAUUAAAAAAAAGACACAUAAGUAUUGAUAAGGAAGUGGAGAAAUUGGAACCUUCAAGCGUUGCUGGUGGGAAUGUAAAAUGACACAGCUGCUUUGGGUAAUAGUUUUGCAGUUUGUCAAAUGUUUAAACAAAGUGUAACAUAUACUCAAGAGAAAUGAAAACAUCUGUCCCACAAAAAAAUUAUAAAUGUUCAUAGGAACAUUAUUUAUAAAAACCAAAAACUGAGAACAACCAAAAUGUUCAACGGAUGACUAGAUAAAAAUUAAAUGUGGCAUAUCUAUACAAUGAGAUAUUUGACAUGUGUGAUUAUUUCAUUCCUUGCCAAAUAUCUCAUUGUGUAUGGAUAUCCAUACACAAUGAGAUGUUAUUUGGCAAGAAAAGGAAUGAAAUAAUGAUUCUUGCUAUUACUUGGAUCAAUCUUGAAAACAUAAGGGAAAGAAGUCAAAGACCACACAUUGUGUGACUCCAUUUAUGAGAAAUGUUCAGAAUAGGCAAAUCUGUAGAAACAGAGUAGAUUAAUAGUUUCCUAGGGUUAAGGGGUUGGGGGAAAAUAGAGAAUGACUGUUAAUGAGUGUGAGUUUCUUUUAAGGUUGAUGUUCUAAAAUUGAUUUUGUGUCGGUAGCUGUACAACUCUGUGAAUCCACUUAAAAUUAUUGGAUUGUAUACUUUAAAUGGUUAAAUAGUAUGAUAUGUGAAUUAUAUCUCAAUCAAAUGGUUUUUAAAAAACAUUUGGAACAUGUUGGGGCAUUUUUGAAUAUAAUUUGUAGAUACAAAAACAUGUUAUUGGUUAUUUUCUAUCCACACUACUUGUUAAAAUAUGUUAGUAAAUCAUGUUUCCUGGAAAAAAAACCCCAACAUAUGACAUCACACAUUGAAAUGACUAAAAUCAGAGUGACAAAAUAAAGCAUUGGCACAGAUGUGGAUCAAGAGGAGUUAUAUCGCUAAUGGGAUAGUAAAAUAGGACAGCAUCUUUGAGAAAUGGUUCAACAUAUCAUAUGAAGUUAAGCAUACACUUGUACUAUGACCCAUAAAUUUCACACCAGUGUAUUUACCUAAGACAAAUGGAAGUCUGUGUUUGCACAAAACUCAUAAGUAAAUAUUUAUUGUAGGCCAAAACUGAAAACCAUUAAAAUGUCUAUCAAAUAGUGAGUAUACAAACAGUUGUAAAUCUACACAGUGGAAUACAACUCAGCAAUAAAAGAAAUGACUACAUAAACAUAAAACAUUUUGGUAAGUGAAAUGACUGCAUGCUACACAUAGUUCUAUUUAUGUGAAAUUCUAUAUAAGGAAAAACUAUAAUGACAGAAGUGAGAUCUGUAGUUGGGGGCAUGGGGUUAGGGGAGGUCAUUGACUGUAAAUAGGCAUAAGGGAUCUUCUUGGUUAAGAAUAUUCUACAUCUUGAUUUGGUCAUAAUCCAAAUUAUGUCUCUAUCUUAAAACAGUUCUCUAUUGUCCACAGAAUUAAUUUCAACUUAAUAUGGCAUUAAACCCAUUUAUGAUAUCCGUACCAUCUCCUCUUGAAGUCUUUUAAGUUACGUAUUCAUCAGUACUUCAACAGUAGGAGGAACUCGAGAUUCUUUACUCAUGGAGCAGGAUGUAUACCAUAAGUUAAAGAUUUUCCCUAGGCAGUUAAUUUGGGAGUCUGCCAGAUGUGGCCUGCAGAUUAUCACUUCCAUGACCCCUCUAUCUAUUUGUGCUCACAUAAUUCCAUCAUGAAAUAUAUAAAAUUGAAUUAAUAGCUAAUUUCUUUUGAGUGCUGAACAGUGUUCUACUGGCUGCAUGUACCAUUGUUUAUUUAUCCAUUCACCUACUAAAGAACAUCUUGGUUGAUUCAAAGUUUUGGGAAUUAUGAAAAAAGCUGCUAUGAACAUCCUUGUGCACAUUUUCGUAUGGACAUGUAUUCAACUCCUUUGGGUAAACACCAAAUGGGCACAAUUGCUAAAUCAUGUGGUAAGAGUAUGUUUAACUUUGUAAGAAAGAAACUGCCAAACUAUCUUCCAAAGUGGCUGUACCAUUUUGCAUAAAAGUUUUAGAGUCAGUUUAUUGAUAUCUACAAAAUAACUUCCUAAGAUUUUGAUUGGGAUUGUAUUGAAUCUAUAGCUCAUGUUGAAAAGAGCUGACAUCUUGACAGUAUUGUCUUCUAGCAUCCAAGAACAUGAAAUAUCUCUCUGUUUAUUUAGUUCUUCUUUGAUUUCAUUUAUCAGAGUUUUGUAGUUUUCCUUAUAUAGAUCAUACACAUAUUUUGUUAGGUUUAUGCCCAAGUAUAUCAUUGUGGAGGAGAGAUGCUAAUGUAAAUAAUGCUGUGUUUUUAAUUGCAAAUUCCAUUUCUUCUUUGCUGGUAUACAGGAGAGUAAUUGACUUUUGUACAUUAACUCUGUAUCCUGAAGCCUUACUGAAAUUGCUUGUUGUUCGCUUCAGCAGUUUUUUGUUGAUUCUUUCAGAUUUUCUACAUAGACAGUCAUCUCAUUGUCAUUUUUCUUCUAAAAUUCUUGUUGUUUUGUUGCCUGGUGAUGGGAGGGAUUUGUCGUGAGUGCUGACUUUUAGAAAAAUAAAGUAUCAAGAUUAAUAUUAUUAAAACUUGAAGUCAUUAACAAUCAUGUUUCCCAUGUUUUACAGUCAAACAAACCUAUUGUACUUAUUGAGUUUCACUUUUCCAAGCUCAUGCUGUAUGGGCCACUUUAGCCCAAUAUCCCCAAAAUAUAAUUACUACUUAAUUAGCUCUAUUUAAAAUUUUUAUAUUAUUCAAUAUAGUUGUGUUGUUCCUUCUUUUCCUACAAGGAAACAAUUUGCCUAUUCGUGUGGUUGGACCAAGUUCUUCUGAUGGUCUUCUUUCUGUACGUUUGCUGUCAGUGAUCAGAGUAAAUGAGCCAUCAUAAGGAUGCAGAAAAUAUGGAGACCGCAUGACUUGCAAUAAGAAUGUGGGAAUAAGUGCUGCUUCUCUCCACACACAGCUUUUAAAAAACAUGUUUUUACCAAUGAUUUCAGGAUUAAAUGAAGGAAAUAGUACUGGAAUAAAUACAGAUGAAAGAAAGAAAAUGCAAGGAGAAAAUUUCACCAUUUGGAGCAUUUUUUUCUUGGCAGGAUUUUCCCAGUACCCAAGGUUAGAGGUGGUUCUCUUCAUCUUCAGCCUUGUAAUGUAUCUGACAACGCUCUUGGGCAACAGCACUCUUAUUUUAAUCACUAUCCUAGAUUCACGCCUUAAAACCCCCAUGUACUUAUUCCUUGGAAAUCUCUCUUUCAUGGAUAUUUGUUACACAUCUGCCUCAAUUCCUACUUUGCUGGUAAGUUUGCUGUCAUACCAGAAAACCAUUAUCUUUUCUGGCUGUGCUGUACAGAUGUAUCUGUCCCUUGCCAUGGGCUCCACGGAGUGUGUGCUCCUGGCCGUGAUGGCAUAUGACCGUUAUGUGGCCAUUUGCAACCCGCUGAGAUACUUCAUCAUCAUGAACAGGCGGGUCUGUGCGCAGAUGGCCACGGUCUCCUGGAUGAUGGGUUGCCUGACUGCCCUGCUGGAAACCAGUUUCGCCCUGCAGAUACCCCUCUGUGGGAAUCUCAUUGAUCACUUCACCUGUGAAAUUCUGGCAGUGCUAAAGUUAGCUUGCGCAAGUUCACUGCUCAUGGACAUGAUCAUGCUGGUGGUCAGCAUUCUCUUGUUGCCAAUUCCAAUGCUCUUAAUUUGUAUCUCUUACAUCUUCAUCCUUUCCACUAUUCUGAGAAUCAGCUCAGCAGAGGGAAGAAACAAAGCUUUUUCUACCUGUGGUGCCCAUUUGACUGUGGUGAUCUUGUAUUACGGGGCUGCCCUCUCUAUGUACCUAAAGCCGUCUUCAUCAAACUCACAAAAAAUAGACAAAAUCAUCUCGUUGCUUUAUGGAGUGCUUACCCCUAUGUUGAACCCCAUAAUUUACAGUUUAAGAAACAAGGAAGUCAAAGAUGCUAUGAAGAAACUGCUGGGCAAAAUACCAUUGCAUCAAACACAUGGAUGUCUCUGACUGGGUCUCUAUGGUUUUACCAGAACUGUACCCCUGGCAGAGCUCACCAGAGACAUUCUAGACCACAUACAACCUCUAAGAAUUCUGACUGGAUCUUAUCUCUAUAUAAUCUCACAGUUAUGAGAUGUGUACACAGAAUGAUUGCCUUUUAACAGUAGUAGGUUUCAAUUUGCAUUUGUUAAUAUUUCCUUUUUGUGUUUUGUGGUUGUGAGGUUUUGAGUUGUAAAGUCAUCAAAUAUGUGCUCCUGAAGAAAUCUUGUAUAUCUUCCGUGCUUUAGUCUUUUCUCAAAUGAGGUGGGAGCAUAAAGAAACAAAGACUGGCCUUGAUUAUGCAACUGAGAAAACAGAAUUUAAAAAUGUGAAAGACUAGCUCAACAUCACACAGUUGUAGAACUGGGACUAUGACAUCCUUCCAAUUUCUUGGCCAGAGGUUGUUCUACCACAUUGUAGUGGCUUUCAAAUUACCCUUCAUUAUUCAAAACUCCUGAUUAAAAUUCCUUAUCUCCCUGAGUAAAGCAUUCAGUGAUGCCUACUUGAUUUUUCCACUUCCAGCCUUGCUUUUCUAAGCUCAUAAAUACUUGUGCAAACUAUAUCUGCUUUUAUGCCAGUAUACUACCCAUACACUAGCUAAGUCUUUUUCAUUUAUGUUUGUCUUUUUUCUUCAUUGGAUGAUUGACUUCACAGGGACAAGUGUUCCUGUUAUUUUGUACCUUUUCUGUUUACAGUAGUCAUUCAGUAAAUUAAUACAUUUGUCAGCUUUACACCAGGCACUUUAUUUGAGAAGAAAGUACCACUUGUGAAAAUUAUAAAGACGAAGCAAGGGCAGUAAGGUGUAUUUAUAAAUAUUUAAACAUUAUAGAGACAGUGUUUAUAUUAGUUGUUUUAAAUCUUUUAUUCGCAUACAAACAUUGCUUGUUAAAAAUGCCUUCACUCCCAGCUAUUCUGAUUCAGUGACUCUACGGUGGCUCCUCAAUAAUCUGUAGUUAUAGGUGGAGCCUCAAGAAAUUCUGAUAUAGAUUGGGCGGUGACCAGAUAUUGGGAGACAUUAUUUCCAGCAAAAAUUUAUCUUUCAAAAAGAGGCCAGGCGUGGUGGCUCACGCCCAUAAUCCCAGCACUUUGAGAGGCUGAGG